AUGACGCUCGCCACGGAGUUUGCCGAGACCACUCGCCGGUCCCUCACACACUCAGACAUGAGAUUAAGAGUUCUUCACAUGUACCGCAGGUACAUCAGAAACGCCAAGGAGUUCUCCAACUUGUACGAGUUGGACAUGCCCGUGUCGAACGUUAAAACCAAAAUAAGACAGGAGUUUGAAAGACAAAGGUACGUCAAGGACUUGGACGUCACCAACAUUCUUUACGCCAAGGGCCAGAUGGAAUUCCAAGAAUUAAUCAACUUCUGGAAACAACAGUGUCACGUGUUGAGAUACUUCGAGGACCAAGAAGUCUACGGUGCUGUUGACAAGAACGACUUUGUCAAGAACUUCUUGAGAGGUAACUAA